UCAAUCAUGGCUAACUAUAAUUAUAUUUCUUUGUCCAAGAAUAAAAUAGAUUCAUGGCAAUCAGCGUGCAAGCUCCAACUUGUAAAUUGUAAGAAAGAAUAAUGUUUCAUUGUCUAUCACAACAAACAUAACAUAGCACCUCCAACCCUCUGUUACUUAUUAACAUCUCAACACUCUAUACAGUUUGGAAAUGAAAUCCAUGGCCAAAUUUUGCAAGCUGUUCUGUUUAAUCUUUGUGUUACUAUCAUCCUAUCCCAUUUUAGCAACUGCCCUUUUUCCUAAUGACAUAUUUAUCCUAGCAGGCCAAAGCAACAUGGCCGGUAGAGGUGGUGUUGAAAAAGGCAAAUGGAACGGCAAUGUGCCGCCGGAGUGCAGGUCGAACCCAUCAAUACUUCGCUUGAGUGCUGAACUCAAGUGGGGAGUGGCUCGAGAGCCACUUCAUGCAGACAUUGAUGUGGGCAAGACUUGUGGGGUUGGGCCAGGGAUGGCAUUUGCUAAUAGCGUUAAAGCUAAUGACUUGAGGAUUGGCGUGGUGGGUCUGGUUCCUUGUGCUGUUGGUGGAACCAAAAUUAGCCAGUGGGCUAGAGGGACGAGAUUGUAUCAAGAAUUGGUGAGUCGAGCAAAUGAGUCAGUGAAGUAUGGUGGAAAUAUUAGAGCCAUUUUGUGGUAUCAAGGAGAGAGUGAUACGGUGUGGAAAAAGGAUGCUGAGGCUUACAAGGGAAACUUCGAGAGGUUUAUUGCUAAUCUGCGUUCUGAUCUCAACACGCCAUAUCUUCCUGUAAUCCAGGUAGCUGUUGCUUCAGGUGAAGGCCAAUUCAUAGAGAUGGUGAGAAGAGCUCAGUUAGGUAUCAAGAUGCCUAAUGUGAGGUGCAUAGAUGCAAAGGGAUUGCCUCUCAAAAGCGAUCAUCUUCACCUUACAACUAUGUCACAGGUUCACCUUGGUCUCCACCUGGCUCAUGCCUAUGUUGCUUCCUUCGGCCACAUGCUCUAAUUAUAACUACACAUGGAUUGUCUUUUUACAAAGUAAAAUCUUACUUUGUUAAUGACCACAAUUAGAAAAUGAUAUACAAUUUCAUGGUAUUGCGACAGAAACAAAAAGAGUCAUAAUAUAGAGUAUAUGAAGUUCUUAAA